GGAAACCACGGGCGGCGAAGAUGGCGGACGGCAGCGGGCGCGCCGGCAAGAGCAGCGGCAGCGGCGCGGGGAAGGGGGCGGUGUCGGCGGAGCAGGUAAUUGCUGGCUUCAACCGCCUUCGACAGGAACAGCGGGGCCUGGCAUCCAAAGCAGCUGAGCUGGAGAUGGAGCUGAAUGAGCACAGCCUGGUGAUUGAUACACUGAAAGAGGUGGAUGAAACCCGCAAAUGCUACCGCAUGGUUGGAGGAGUGCUGGUGGAGCGGACUGUCAAAGAGGUAUUGCCUGCCUUGGAGAACAAUAAAGAGCAGAUACAGAAGAUCAUUGAGACACUGACACAGCAGCUUCAGGCCAAGGGAAAAGAACUAAACGAAUUCCGGGAAAAGCACAACAUUCGUCUCAUGGGGGAAGAUGAGAAGCCAGCAGCCAAGGAAAACUCAGAUGGGGCUGGGGCUAAGGCCAGCUCGGCUGGAGUCUUGGUCUCCUAGGGACCAAGACCUUUGUGUUUUUUUCUACCCAGAUUCCAUGUCUUCUAAUUUCUCUUAUUGUUAUUAUUAUUAUUUUCUCUGCUAUUGUAAUAUUUUUUUGUUAAGUAAAUGUUUUGGUCAGAA